CAUGUAGUAGUUGAGCUCUGGAUCUCAUGAAGUUUAGAACUGGGAAAUCCCGAAGUUAGUGUUAAGUAAGGCCACAGUUGAGAUGAGAGGAGAACGUUCAUACAGGUGCGAAGAGUGUUCUUCGAGGUUUGAAGAUUCCAGAAGUCUGGGACGACAUCGAGACAGAACACAUGCCUCUCGUGAAGAUUUCAAGUGCCGAUACUGUCCAGGAAGAUUCAGCAAUCUAGAUGCAAGGAGACGGCACUAUGACAGGUUCCACCGACGGGGAAGAAGUGUGGGAAGACGGUCUGUUGAACCACCAGUACCAAAGGUUAAAAUACCAGUACCAAAGCUUGAAGUACCACUGCCAAAGGUAGAAAUACCAGUGCCUGAAGUGGUGGUGCCAGCACCAAAGAUGGUGGAACCAGCAGGCGAUGUGUUAAGUUUAACGCCUGGGUCAGCUUUCAGUCCCGUUCAAGAGGAGAUUCCAAGUAAGGAGAUGCCUCCGGCUAUUUUACCAAAGGGAAAACCUAGUAAUCUUCUCCGACUGUUAGGUGCAAAUAUGAGCAGUGAUUCGGAAACUGCCAGUGAGGGUGUGCCAGGGUCGCCGCCCCGAUUCCAGACUAAGAGGACCUUAGUGGAUUUAGAAGCUUUGUUGCAGGGAAGAGUGAAAACCGUGAAGGAGAUUGUCUGCGAAACGGAAUACCGUCACGGAAAGAAAGUUCGGGAAGUGGUGACAACAAGAGAAUAUACCGUCUUAUAGUUCUAAAGACCUAAUCUUUUGUUAAACUUAAUCUAAAUGGCAAUUUUAUUUCAAUAAUUAUG